ACACUCAGGUCCUCUCACCAGCCCAACCCAGCCCAGCCCAGACACCACCAUGACCGGCUCCUGCUGUGGCUCCUCCUUCUCCUCCCGGAGCCUUGGGGGAGGCUGCUGCCAGCCCUGCUUCAGCCGCGACCCCUGCUGCGGCCGCCCCGUGUCCUACCGGACCACCGUGUGCCGCCCCGUGACCUGCGUGCCCCGCUACACGCGCACCAUCUGCGAGCCCAGCCGCCGCCCCCUCUGCUGUGACCCGUGCUCCCUGCAGGAGGGCUGCUGCCGCCCCAUCACCUGCUGCCCCACGUCCUGCACGGCCGUGGUCUGCCGGCCCCGCUGCUGGGCCUCCACCUGCUGCCGGCCCAUCUCUGUGCAGUCCCCCUGCUACCGCCCCUCCUGCUGCCAGCCUGCCCCCUGCCACACCAUCUGCAGGACCUCCCGCUGCUGAGCAACGCUCUGACUGCCGGGGGCAAGCAAUCAACCUUCUGAAAAAGUCAAACUCCCUUUUCUCUACCUAACAAACCUCCUGCCCUGAGCCAUCAAGACCCCAAGUCAACCAGGGGUUGGAUGGAGAUCCAGACUCAUCCAUUAAGGCUUGGACUGUUCUUAAGUCUUUGUAACAGUAGCAACUCUCUUCUUCUCAUCUUAGAUCUUAAGUCUUGUGGCAUGUUUGUUUUCUAAUAAACUUCCCUUCUUUGGCCUAGCAAACACA